ACGGGGGAAUAAAAACAGCUGCACAACCUAUUUAUCGGGGGUGGACAUCUUUUGUCGCCACUUUCUUUCAGCUGUAGUUAGCAAAGUAUUUCUACAUUGAUUUACAGAAUCUUCAGUAAAGUUUUAAAGGAAUACGAUGAAUUGAUUACCCUAGCAUACACAGCGUACACUUUCGACUAUGGAGCGCAGUAGAUCGCGCGACAGUUCCGCGGAUAAGACCAAGAGCACGAGCAGACAAGUCGGAGAGAAAAAAUUGUCCAAGAAGAAAAAGCGAAGACAUUCCUCAUCUUCAUCUUCCUCAUCGUCCAGCAGCAGUGCGAGUCCGACCCCUUCAAAGAAAGCCUCACGUUCCCUCAGCAAGAGCCAAGAUCGGAAAGGGAAGAAAAACAUGAAAAAAAGAAGUUCCUCAUCUUCAUCGUCAAGCUCUUCUUCAUCCUCCUCAUCCUCCUCAUCAAGUGAUGAAAAGUCCAAGAGGAAGGAAAGGAAAAGGAGAAAAUUCAAGAAGAAGUUAAAGAAGAAGAAAAGAAAGUUGAAGAAAGAGAUGAAAUUGGAGAAGAAGAAAAAGAAGAAGAUAAAGAAAUUGGAAGAAAGAAGAGCAUCCCUGCUUGUAGAUUUGAUGCCCCCUCCCGCCCCCCCUCAGCCUGUAGGCAGCACCCCCCAGCCCUUCCUGGAGUUGUGGCAGAGUGAUGAUUGCACAGAAGAUCAUGGACCAGCAAUGACAGAUGAGCAGAAAGCCAGGCUAUCCACCAAGAGACCCUUAACAAAGGAGGAGUAUGAGGCCAAGCAGAGUGUCAUCCGCAGGGUGGUAGACCCUGAGAGUGGACGCACCAGGCUGAUAAGGGGAGAGGGAGAGAUCAUUGAGGAGAUUGUCAGUAAAGAGAGACACAAAGACAUCAACAAGCAAGCCACAAAGGGAGACGGAAACUCCUUUCAGAAGAAACUAGGACUGAACAGGUAGAGGGUCUCCCCCUAAUGUAAAGGCUACGGUAGGAAGGAGACAUCUAUACUAUUCUGUAUAGAUAGGACAGAAGAAUUAGGUCUCCAGUUAGUUGUGCUGUGCCUCAUUUUUACAUGACAGGAUCCCUACAUGUCUCCAAAAUGAAAAUCAACCCUUUCUGUGCCUAUCUAUGAUUGUACUGUACUGCGAGUGUGACUCAAUCAUAUACAUCAUUUUUGGCCACAUUUUUUGUUUAAUUGCUCAAAUUAAAUGUAAUCAAAUUAAAUUUGUAUUUUAGUUGACCACCAUCCUUAUAUCACAAUUCACUUUGGAAUUUCUCUGAAUGUAUCAGAAAUUCAGAAUGGCCAUGAUGGCCAACUGUCAGUUUAAUAUUCAAUUCAAUUAAACAUGCAUUCAAACUGACCCCAAAAACAGUCAACUGUGUAAUGCUAUUUACUUUUUUACCAUGUAAUAAAGUAUUUUUCUUAGAUAAUUAUCCUUGAC